CACGUUUGGGUUUGCCGCUCCAGGGAGGUGUGAACUCCAGUGAGACGGAGACCUACCGGCAUGUGUGAACGUAGUGGCGGGGAAGGUGUGGACGGGGCCGGCUGCUUUUCUCAGCUGCUGUCUGCGGACCGCAAGCAGGUGCGGCGGACGGUGGCAACUCUGGUUCUGAAGUUGCACCGGAACAAGGAGAAAUUAGUCCGAACUUUCUUGGGAUAUCCCAGCAACCGGCAGGUCCUGUUGACCCUUUACGGCUUCCUGGACUCGGGAGAGACACGCCUGUGCAGUGAUGUGGCAUAUAUACUGGGCACCAUUGCAGAAAACGAGGUUGGCGCACAGCAUUUGCUGACGACCGCACAAACGCAGCCACGGGAGUCUGGCAGCCUGCUGGGCAACCUGAUCGCCAUGCUAAAGUGGACGGAUGAUGAGGCGGUGAUGAACACUGCAGGUACGCUCAGCACAAUGGCUGAGACCGUUGAAGGACGAAGGUGGUUACUGAAUGACACCUGCAUUGAGGAGAUGGUGAGCAAUGUGACAGCUCUGCUGGACAGUGUAAACGACUGGACAGCCAGCAACGCAGCUCUAGUACUGGCGAGGAUCACAAUCUGUGAAUCUGGCUGCAGCAAGCUCCUGGAGCACCCCCAUUGCAGGCACACACUCAGCAAGCUGAUGGUGUCUCUGGGUGUUGAUGAGGCAGGAUGUGGAAUGAGUGCAGCUUUUGCUCUCGGGCGCCUCUGCAAUUUUGACAUUGGUUGCAAACAGGUACUAGACUUGGAAGAGGCUGCAGCUAUGAUUACGGCACUGGAGGAGAUGAUGUCACACGGGGAUACCGGAGCAAGCAAGAAUGCCUGCUUUGCCCUGAGCUGCCUAGCUGCGGAUAAGGAUGGCCACGCCCGUGUCUUGCUGAGCCCUGCCUUCCCGCAAAUACUGAACUCCUUGUGCGUUUUACUGGAGUCACAAGAGCAGGAGUCAGCCUGGUUCGCUGCCAUGUGCGUAAAUGCAAGCAGUGUGACGUUAAGAGUGUUGGGCAGCUAUCCGAAAGGAGUUAUCAAUCUGAGAGAGCAUCCAAAAAUCUCAACCCUGUUAAAGACCAUGGCCUGCUCUCCCACUGCUGGCAAGGAUCUGCUGGAGGAAGUGGACUUCACCUUGAGAAAGCUGCAGCCUAUCCCCAAGCCUUCACCUCCUCACGUAGACAUUCUGAGUGUCAGUUCAAUCCAAAUCAGUUGGAAUAAGCUUGUCCUUGAUAGCGGACUGGAGGUGAUGUACAGCUUGCUCGAUGGAGAGAGGCUACUUUAUAAAGGCUCAGAUUGCAGUUUCAUCCUAACAGAUGUAAAAAUGAGUAAAGAAUAUGCUUUUAAGCUGCAUGUUUCAACUGAAGUCGAUGAUGGACUGUACAGUGACGUCACUAUGACAACGGUGGAGGAGGCUGUACCAAGUCGCCCACUGGACUUUCGAGUGAUUGGCUGCACUCCAACACAGUUGAAGUUGGCAUGGUCUCCCCCAGCAGAGCCCAAUGGUGUUAUCAAGUGCUACGUGCUGUACAGAGGUGACAUGGCGAUUGAAACAACGUCAGAGCAGAGCUGUAUAGUGAGUGGACUCACACCCUCCAAAACCUACGAGUUCCACGUGUGCGCCUGCACCAGCAAGAGAAAAGGCGAGAGGUCCUCUCUUUGCGCAAGCACCGCCGAUCCUGGUGACCAUGCACCUGGGAAACUGACCCUCAAUGUCCUGGGGCGCAAUGAGAUGUUCAUCACCUGGGACGUGCCAGAGGUGCCACUGGGACGCCUGUUCAAUUUUGAACUCAGCAUGAACGGGAAGGUGGUGUACCUGGGUGCUGACCGCUGCUUCACUGCCAGGCGCCUGACGGCGAACACAGAAUACAUCUGCACCGUCAGAGCCAUCACUAGCGAGGGGAAGUGUGAGAGCAAGCCCGUAACAAAGAGGACAGCCAAGGACGAGUAUAUAAAUACAAGCAGAUGUCUCUACUCUCCAGCCCGCAGAAGUCAAUCAGUUGCUUCACCUUCAAUCAGGGAAGGAUCCAACUUAUCUGAAGGACUCCGGAAGUCUAGAACCCAACCUGGAAUUCAUAAAGAACAGUUCCCUGGCAAAACACCCAAAGGUCACGACAUUUCUAGUAAAGGGAGUCUGAAAGGAAUUCAUAAGCAGAACAGCACGGAAGUUCUUGCCAAAACUGUCAUGCGACACAAGCCCCAAUUUUAACACUUUUGUGAAUAACUCCCAGGGGCUAUGCAGAUUUAUUUUUUAAUUGUGUAAUUGUGUUGUUGUACAUCAGAAGCAGAUUGGUAAUUUCAGUUCUUCGAAAUGCUGUUGUAGCUUGUAUAUUUUAUCUUUGUAUACAUACAGUGGAAGAGCAGGUUCCAGCUGCGGAUGAAGAAGUGAGUCAGUUGGGAAGACACCACAAUCUUAGAUUAACAGCUGACUCUCCUGUUAGCUCUUCCAGUUUAUAGGAUUAAUACAACACGUUGAUGGACUCUCAGCUUUCAAUAAUGUCACUUCCCUUCUUAUCUAACUACUUACCUAAUGGAACGUCACAGCUGGAGGGACAUUAUAGUAAAAGUGUGUCUUGUGCAAAAAAAAUAAUGAGCUGGAGGUGGAAGGUUAGCAUGGAUUGAUGGGAAUAUGGUGUUAAGAUUACAAUCCGAUUCACCAUGUUCUUACUAAAUAACAGAGAAGGCUUGAGGGGCUGCUGCUGCUUUGCUCCUAAUUUGUAUGCGAGACCCUUGUUAUUCAGCUUUGCCAAACGGGAACGGUCAAUCUCAAACUCAGAGGAACAGGAGAAAGAAGGGUCAUAUAAGUGAGAUUGUCUAUAAAAUUUAAAAGCAUUAGAUUAGCAGGGGCAUGAGGAAGAUUUACUCAAAAAUAAAAUGAAGGGAAUCUGGAACUCCAUAUCUGAAAUGCUGUUGGCAGCAGAAACCCUCACCACAUUUAGUAAGUGCGCUGAUGAACACUUGAAAAGCCAUAACCCAUGAGGCUACAGAUUGAGAGCUUGGAACAGGAAUUAGUCUAAUCAUUCUUCCUUGACCUGAAAACUGCCUUCCCUGCUGUAUCUUUCUCUGAUGUUAUGAAAUCUGUACCGAAGUAAUCCCCUUUCAUUGUCAUGAAAUCCAUUGCCAGGUGUUUAGCAUCUUUUGGAAAAAUUAACCCAAAUCAGUUGGAAUAUUCUCUGUCUACUUAUUUUGUCACCUGCCCUGAUUGGAGGGAGAAGUGUUGGUGAGAUGUACUGAUGGGGGUGAGGGAAGUGGGUUCAAAGUUCGAAGUACAGUUAUUAUCAAAGUAAGGGUGAGGUGCCUCCGUCGGUUUGAGUUGACUAUACGAGGGGUGAUUUUUAAGUUUGUGGCCUAAGGUAGGAGUCAAUU